UUCCUCGAUCCGGCGCGCAUGCGCGAAAAACGCGACCUGACACCGCGUGCGGACGAGAUGCGCCUGAACGUGGUAGUCGGUAGUCGCGUUUAUUUACACGGUAGGACUCCGGACUUGGCGACGAUGCAAAGCUUGCCUCGUUCCCUCAGAGUGACGUCGCGAUGCAAGAUACGAAAGUUGUUGAAUCACUUCUUCCACCGGUCGUCCCAACUGCCGGCCGCCAACACGACACUGAUGUGCACGCCGGAAAUGAAAAAGAUGAUGGAGAAAAGCUGGGGUGACAAGAUCAACCCUCAGAAGUGCCGUGUCAACAACAAUGACGGCGCCAAAGAUAAAUUUUACGUUCUCUCGAUGUUUCCGUAUCCGUCCGGUGCCUUGCACAUGGGUCACGUUCGAGUUUACACGAUAAGCGACACUGUAGCACGUUUUUACAGACUGAAAGGUAAAGAUGUGAUUCAUCCGAUGGGUUGGGACGCCUUUGGGUUGCCAGCGGAAAACGCUGCCAUUGAGAGGGGGAUCGAUCCUGCCGUAUGGACAAAUGAAAAUAUAGAGAUGAUGCGUAACCAAUUAAAGAUGCUAAAUUAUUCUUUUGAUUGGGAUAGAGAAUUCGCGACCUGCGAUCCGGAUUAUUACAAGUGGACGCAGGACCUGUUUCUACGAUUGUUCGACAGAGGCUUGGCCUAUCGGAAGGAAGCCUACGUUAACUGGGAUCCAGUCGAUCAGACUGUCCUGGCCGAGGAACAGAUUGACGCGAAUCAGCGCUCCUGGAGGUCCGGCGCGCUCGUAGAGAAAAAGUUGUUGAAGCAGUGGUUCGUCAGAACGACCGCCUUUGCAAAAUCAUUGUGGGAGGGUUUGAACGAUCCGACCUUGAAGGAGUGGAGAGAUAUUAUAAAAAUGCAAAAACACUGGAUAGGUGAUUGCAACGGCAUUAAUAUUGACUUUAAAUUAGUGUCCAAAAUUCCAGAAUUUCCCGAGACAUUGAACUUGUGGACCGAUAUGCCGGAAUUUUUGGAGUACGCAAAGUUCGUUGCUGUAUCCCCUCAAAGUGUUUUACACCGCGAAGGACACACGUACGAGAUAGACGUCGGAAUAAAGGGCUUAGACGCGAAAGUGAUAAAUCCAUUUUCCGGCGAAGAAUUGCCGAUCUUCGUCACCGACAAACUCGUUUACCCACCGUGGAGAGACACCCGCUUGGGUAUACCUUCGGCAUCGAUGGACGACAUGAAGUUCUCGGAUUCGGUUGGGAUACCAUUUUCCCGGCACUCGAUACGUAGCUACGAACAGCAGCAGCAAAAGUUGGCCCAAGUAUUCGAGAAAGCUAGAGAAUGGGGUAUAGGCGGGUACCCAGUAAGUUCGAGACUGCAGGAUUGGCUAAUCUCUAGACAGAGGUACUGGGGUACGCCUAUACCUAUUAUUCAUUGCGAAAAUUGUGGCGCACAACCGGUGCCGCGCGACCAGCUUCCCGUGAUGUUGCCAAAAGUGACGUACUCGGGUUCGAAUAAGAAAUCCUCGAUCCACGAUGCGAAGGACUGGUUGCAGACCAAGUGUCCCAAGUGUGGAAGAAAGGCGACCAGGGAAGCCGACACGAUGGACACAUUCGUAGAUAGCAGCUGGUACUUUUUAAGAUUUGUAGAUCCGAAAAAUACGAAAAAGAUGUUUUCGGCAGAAAAAGCUAAGAAGUUUUUCCCCGUGGAUCUCUACAUUGGUGGAAAAGAACACGCCGUGCUUCAUUUAUUCUUCGCCCGGUUUAUGAGUCACUUUCUGCACUCGGAGGGUCUUUUACCAUGUCGAGAACCCUUUAGACAGCUCCUCGUGCAAGGGGUAGUAAUGGGUAAGACGUAUCAAGUCGUACGUACUGGCAAAUACGUGCCAGAGAAUGAGGUGACGAUGGAAGGGGAUCAAUACAAGACAAAGCUUGGAGAAGUUGUCUCUAUGCGCUGGGAGAAAAUGUCAAAGUCCAAGCACAACGGAGUGGAGCCUCUUAAUCUGUUGAACAAAUACGGGAUAGACGCGACGAGAUUAUUAAUUCUGGCCGAUGUUGCGCCAACGUCCACUAGAAAUUGGUCGGAAAGUACUAUUAAAGGUAUAAACAACUGGCAAAACCGUCUCUGGACCAUUGUUAAACAAUUUAAAGUUGAACGCGACAAAAUAUCUCUGGAGGAACUGAAGAGCAAACCUACGGAUCCUAAAUACGACGAGCACGAUGCAUACAUGUUUGACAGCCGCAAUUAUUUUCUCAAAAACGUGACAUUUAAUAUAGUAGAAUCGCAGCAAUUGAGCGUAGCAAUAUCUCGAAUGCAAGGUCUCACAAAUAGCUUGCGAAAGGUUGGCAUAGAGUGCCUAAGAAAAAGUCGCGAAUACGAGCGAGCGUUAGCUGUUCAAAUUAUAAUGCUCGCUCCGUUCGCUCCGCAUUUUGCUUCCGAGUUGUGGGCUAUCUUUUGUUCCGCGAGGCAUCAUCUUAUAAGCGACACAGAAGUCGACCUGAACAAGGACCUGUUUGAGCAGAAAUGGCCAGAAAUUGACGUGGAUUAUAAUCUUGUAAUGCACGUUCAUGUGAAUAAAAGAGACUUUCUUAAAAUGAAGAUUCCUCGAGGCAAGCUGGACGAAAUGACGACGGAUACGGCGUUGGAAUACGUGGUUCUCGAUCCGUAUUAUCAAAAGUAUUCGUACAAUAAAAAUGUCGUGGCGGUUAAUUUUCAGUCAGAGAGAGGCUGUGACGCGUCGUUGUACAUAACCAUGGAAAAACAGACGGAAGAUUAGAUAAGAGAUAAGAAUUGUUGCAUUUCGUUUACAUAAGGCGCUAACAGAAAUUAUACUUGUUACGCGCAGAACUGUUUAUUACGUGAAGAACAAAGCUUUACGUUCUUUAUUAAGA